AUUAGUUGAAUUUAAAGCAAAUAUAAGUAUAUUUUUGUUAAUAUAUUAUAUAUGAGAGAAGUACGUCGGGGCGAGUUACGAAUGGCCAAAGGAGGCGGUUACUGCAUUUUAUGUAGCAGCACCGCAGCGUUGGAAGGGGCCAAUUUUAGAAACCAAAUGCGAGGAAGGAGCACGAAGAGGUUUGGGCUGCCGUUGCUGCUGAAUUAAAUGCAUUGGGAAGGUCCCACAAGUCCCCUAAUCAGUGGAAAAAGGUAAAACUAAAAUAUUCUUGUGUAUAGCAUUACAAUUUAUAUAUGUGUGUUGGUUUUUUUUUAGUGUUGGAUAGACUGGAAAUCGGCAGUCAAGAAGCAGCACAAUGCCCACAGAGCGUUCGCCAGACGAACUGGAAACCUGCCGUUGCAGGACGGUCCAAACCCGUUGGAUGCCAUGGACUGGGAAAUUCUGGAGUUUUUUUCCAGCGACAUGGUGGACGGUGAUGGGCUCACUCCGGAAAUUGGUUUGUCGACAACUGCUGAAAUGGUCGAUGUUCCCAUUGAGGAUGAGGGUGAUGCUACUACCAACAUUGGGUUGGACGAAUUCUAGGCAAACGCGGACAGUUUGGACAUCUUCGAAGUGGAGGCACUUGAAGAGGUUGCAAUGGGUCAGGUGCUUGAGGUUGUGCCAAACAAACAGCAACCCAAACAACGCACAAAUCAAACUGGGUGGAAGAGGCGAGCAGUCUCAUUGAAAAUCACCAUGCGCAGCUGAAAGAGAUUUUGGAGAGACAACACA